AUGACCGUUCCCUCGACCCCACAGGAGUUCAUGUUCGGCUGCCUCAAGUUCAGGGGCGACGCCAAGAGCCUGGACAUAGCCGUGAUGCACCAGCAAGUGUUGUGGAUCCACGAGGCCCUGAAGGUCGUGGUCUCCCAACUUGGGGAGCAGAUCAUCUCUCGGAAGAGCCUGAACACGAAGUCCUCCUGUAACUCCGACCAGUCCAUCAUCUCGUCCAUCGCGGUGGAUCCGACUGGCUCUGUGGGCCCCCCAGGCUACGUGGAGCGGCUGAACAGCAAUCUCUCGUGCAUGAGCCCUUAG